UAACGGAAAUAGCGGGAUAUUCAGUUUGUGCAGUGCGUCAUUUAUUAAUUGUGAAAAAAUAAGUAGUUUUUUAAUUAAAAUUGUUUGAAUUAUUGUUUUCUUGUGUUAACAGUGAUAAAAAAUAUGUAAAUUGUGUGUGUGUUAUAAAAUUUAAAUGCAAGUGAGAAGUCAAAGGUGAAAAAACAGUGUUUGAAAAGUCAUUCAGUAGCAAGGCUCCUGCUCAAUGUUGGAUGCCUCCUGUUAAAAAUCAUUCCUUUUAAUAGCUGUAAUGAUAGUGUUUGUAAAUAUUGGUGCAAAGUGUUGUAAAUUAGUAUGGAAAAGUAUGGUUAAUCCAUUAGUAGCAUGCUGGGCAUGAUCGCUGUGAAUCAAGGCGUAAACGAGUGCUGCGUUUGUGUAGUGUUAAUUUCAGUAAAUUUUGUGCAUUUUUGUUGCCAGCGUUUUGUAUACAUAAGCAGGCAGGAGAGUUGAAGGCCAUUGGGCACUGAGGAUGAUCGAGGAUGGCAUUAUUGACUUACAUACGGUUGGAAGUUUCUCGUAACAAUGUCAAAUCUGACGGAGUGCUCAACCCACUAUUAAAAGCAGGUUGUGGAAAGAUCAAUAACAUGCACAGACUUCUGGAAAGCAUCCGAUCAUAGAUUACUUGGUGUGAGAGUUAGCAACACGCGAAGUAUCUUUUGUGUUUGGUUUUCCUCAGAUUAUACACACAAAAAUUAAAAAUUCAAUUCCGAAAUAUCUGAGCAUAGUAAUCGGACAGUUCGUUAUUUGAUUUGCUUCCCCACAUCUUUUGCUCCUACGUACUCUGGCGUAAAAAUCAAACCAAUAUGGAAGGAGAUCAAUUAAUGUCAUGAAAGUUUUGACGAAUAUAAUAAUACAUCACUAAAAGUACAUUCGAAAGAACAAAUAAUCGCAUGCGAUCGGUAAAUAAAAAUAACAUGAAAUAGAGCGACUUCUAGAAUCUAUGAUAGCAUAAUAUAUUGUUGGUGCUCACAAUUACUCUAUUACUUGUUGUACAGCAACUACACUAAACGAAGGAGCGAAAGAAAUUAAUAUCAGCGCCAGUACUCAGUUGACAAAUAAAUUUGCAGUGCUUCGGUUUUCGUGGGCAAAACGUGAAUUAAUUUAUAUUUAAUAUUUGAGCGUAUAUCGAUGGUGUAGUAAAUAAAAUAAGUGCAUAAUAGUAAAAUAUUAAAAGUGAAGAAAUGUUGUAAAAGUGAAGAGAAAUGUUGUGCUGAGAAAUCAAAGCAAAUAAUAUUAUUUAAUGCUGUAAAUAAAUAAUGUCCACGUCAUUGCUUUCUUGGCGUGUCACGUUCGUGUUUCGUUUUCGGUCGGUUUGAAUAUUGCUCGAUAAUUUGCAUACAUACAUACAUAUGUAUAUGUACCAAUUCUAGCAUAAAAAUGCAUUUGUAAAUUGUCGUUUAAUUAAAAUUAAAAUUAUGUGUGAAAUAAUAAUAUUUUUUUUUAUCAAUAAAUCAACUGUUAAGUUUUUAUAGUGAAAAGUUUAUUUAAAAAUAGAAACGUAUCUAUUAAUCAAUAAUUUAUUUUACUACUUUUGGAAUUUUCUCUUUGCAAAGUUGCAAACAAUUCAUAAGGACAGUUGAACAUAAACGAAACGUUUUAAUGAUGGAUCAAGCACAAUAUGUUUCUUUUCUCUUACUUUUGGUGAAUUCCUUACUAUAUGCUACAUGUAGUACAUCGGUUCAAGAAGAUAUCGACAUGGAUUUACAUCCCUUCAUUAAAGUUGGUAGCAAAUAUUAUUUAGUGACUCAGGACAUAAAGAUGAAUUGGUUCGGAGCGGCUCAUUUUUGUCGUUCUUACGACAGUGAUUUGCUAACGAUUGAAUCGGUGGCUGAAAAGGAUGCCUUAUUUUCGCACUUAAAGCCGAUGUUUGGUUCUUUGCGCGCUUGGACAAGUAGCAACGAUUUGACAACGGAGACAUACAUGUCGCUGAAUAGUGGACGACCAAUGAUUUAUAAGUUUUGGGGGAAGAACGAACCGAACAAUGUGGAAGAUGUGGAGGAUUGUAUAGAAGUCAUACUAUUUAGUGAUAGCUUAACAAUGAACGAUAAUAAAUGUAGUCUGAACAUGCAUGUUAUAUGUGAAAAGCAAUUGCCGUUAAAUACUUGUAAUUCCGGCAUAAAAUCAGAAUCAAACUGUGAGAAAGUGACUGGGAAUUGCGCUUUAAAAAAACUCAAGCAAUUAUAUCUACAAACUGCAAAUAUAUUUAAUUGUAGGGAAUAAUAAUACGUGAAUAAAAAUCUUGGUUUUUUA